CAACGCAAGGCAGAUGAAUAACAAAUACCUUGCUAAGGAGAGGAGUGGCUGGAGAGAGGAAUGUGGGAAAAUUAACAACGGGAGGAAGCCUUGAGAUAUCUGAACCAGGGAGCAGUUGGGAUUCUCAUCUCAAGGGCCCAGGUAACAGGAGCCAGGGACCAUGAACUGGGGCGUAUUUGAAGGGCUCCUGAGUGGGGUGAACAAGUACUCCACUGUCUUUGGCCGCAUCUGGCUCUCCCUGGUCUUCAUCUUCCGGGUGAUGGUCUAUAUAGUGGCAGCCGAGCGGGUGUGGAGCGAUGACCACAGCGACUUUGACUGCAACACGCGCCAGCCGGGCUGCAGAAACGUCUGCUUCGACCACUUCUUCCCUGUCUCCCACAUCCGCCUCUGGGCCUUGCAGCUCAUCCUGGUCACCUGCCCAUCCCUGCUGGUCAUCAUGCAUGUGGCCUAUCGCAAAGCCCAGGACCAGAAGCACCGGCAGGCAGAGGGGCAGGGCAAACUGCGGCUCUAUCCUAACCCCGGCAAGAAGCGGGGAGGCCUGUGGUGGACCUACCUGUUCAGCCUCAUCUUCAAGGCCACCGUGGAUGUGGUCUUCCUCUACAUCUUCUACCGAUUCUACAAGAACUAUACCCUGCCCAGCGUGGUGAGGUGUGAGAUCCCCCCCUGCCCCAACAUCGUGGACUGCUACAUCUCCAGACCUACCGAGAAGAAUAUCUUCACCUUCUUCAUGGUGAUCACAGCCUGCGUGUGCAUCCUGCUCAGCCUCAUGGAGGCCUGCUACCUUGUGGGGAAAAGGUGCAGGGAGAAGCUGUCUACGAGAAAAGGCAGCAGGAGGGAUGAGAGACUGCUUGACAAGGACUGUUGCUGUGCCCAUGGCGAGCAAAGCGGUCUCGAGUUGGGCAGGCAGAUUUUCCAUGGGACUGAUUACAAGCUACCCAUUGCUCCAAUCCCUACCAGCUCCCAGAAGGGAACAGAUGCUGUUUCCUAAAGGAGGUCUGGGAUUCACGCAGGGAUGGACAACUGAUGGGAGGCAUGCUCUUCAUGGCCCUUGGUGGAAACCAGUGCCUCCUUGCUGGUGGUGACUUUAGAUUUCAUUAGCUUGGACAGCAGGGUCAAGAAGUUCUGAUUAAGCUCAGACCUGGCUCUGCAAUCAACCCAGGGAACAGCAGCUGCUCUUAUUACGUGCCUGGGUGUAAGCAACUUUGGGUGCUCCACCCACACUGUGUGGGUUUGGGGGAAAUCAGGAGCAGGAGUUAAGGGGGGAGGUAUGUGGUAGAGCAAAAGAGGCCAGAGCUAUGGGGUUUAGACCUAGGAAAUGACAUGGUUCUUUGCACCUUCCUAUAAAUCACUCGGUGCAAGCAGCUUUUUUGACAGGAUAACAGACUAGUUGAAUCCCUGGUAUGGUGCAGUUGGGCAGUUCUUCCACUGAGCUUUCCAAAAGGAUUGUGCCCUGCUGUGUCAUCUGCCCAUCCUCACUGUAAAAGCCUCAUCAACGGGCAAAGGGAAAGUGUCUGAGAAGGCAGCAGGAACAAGGCAGGUUUUCCAGCUGGGGUGGGCACUUCUCUUCUAUAUCUCAAAGAUGCAAUGGAAAAUGGUGGGAUGAAGCUGGAGAAACCUGACCUAGCCCAGGAUUGCUCCUGGGGAGGGGGGAGGUUCAUGCCACAGGGGUAUUUUCUCUCGGAGCCUAGUGGGAAGAGGGAAAUAAUGCCAUGUUUUACCAUCUGCAGGGGGGGGAAUUCUUAAUAGACUGCAGUGCCUUGGAUUCACAGCCUGGUGAUAUGGGCACUUGGUGAUGGGAAACCCAUUCUCCUGUUAUCUGUGAAAGGGACCUGCCCUUUAAAAAUCAGCCGUGACCAUUUAGUCCAACCUUCUGGUGUGGGAUCCUCCACCCAGUCCUUUCUGUGGUAACCUCUUUUGGUAGCAUCUUUCCGAGUAAUUGCCUAGUAACAAUAUACACUGGAUAUCCACUCCAGUAACUGUGAUUUGCUGACCUAACUGCUCAUACUCUUCUCUUUCCCCUUCUCGAAGGAAAACAGAUUUAAAAUCUCUGGCUCAUGACAGCUGCUGUUUUCCACCCUAGAAAACUGCUGCAUUUCAGGGACGAUCUGUACAUAGGGGGUUGAACGUUACUCUCAUUCUGCCUCGGAGCUAAUGUAGAAUAUGUUGCACUGAUGGUGGUUGCAAACCUAGCUGCUGUGGAUGUAAGAUAUAUAUAAAGCCGGCAUGUAUUCUUAUAUAUAUGUAAGAUAUAUAUAAAGCCAACAUGUAUUCUAGAUGUUAAGGGUCAAGUCUUCAGCUGGUGUAAAUCAGCAUAACUGCACUGAAGUCAAUGGACCAAUCCUAAGUUACACUCGCUGCUGGUCUGGCCCCAUAUGUGUCCAUUGCCAAUUGAUUCUUACCACUAA